AUGCCUCGCAAAGCAUUCUCAAAAUACAGAAUGGUUCCAUGUCCCUGUCCCGCUGACCAUACUUCCCAACGAUUCAUCUCCAAACGACGUCAGAAUCGGAAGGAUGAUGAUAGGCAGAGCUCGGGACGGGGACAUUGUAUGAGAGUGGCAGAAGGUCACGAAGAUACGACAGUGAUAUGUACAACCUGUAGCGAUCGAUGGGGUCAUAGUCAAGCUUCUUCAGCAAUGUGCAAGAGUCGUGCUCAAAACAAUUCCCUCACACGAGCACUGGACGCAUACCCCGCCUACAAAGCGGCGUGUUCAGGAGAGGAUAGGAAUCCACUAGAAUGGCGAUUGUACUACAGAAAAUGGCUCAGUCAAGACCAAGCCGGUGCACCAAACGUUCCUGACGAUGCACGAUCUAUCCGAAAGCCUAGAAGAGUCGCAAAACUUGAUACUACUAGGGAGGAAAAACGGACGUUGAUUCACUCGGAUAACGCAAUCAGAGGUUGGCGAAGCAGGCGAGAGUACAGAGAAGCUUCUGAAGAGCGUCCCUCUAUUGACGCAGGUGACACGAUUAGCGAAACGUAUCCGACGCGGCACCUUCCUGGAUCCGAGAUAGACUUCAAUCGUCCACAAGAAGGGAUCGUCACCAGCUAUGAUCACAGCCUCUCAACUCCCUCUGAAGCAUCUGCAACAUCCCCUUUGACAACGGAUUUUGCAGUGGAGAGCAAACUGUAUGCUACUCUUCUAGUGGAGGGAUAUGGAUCCCCUGAUACGCCGAACUACGGAUUUGGGAAUCAAGAUGCUCUAAUGACAAGCAUUCCAAGCUCUUGUGGGUAUUCUACUAAUCCGGUUUAUACUGAGCCCGAUUGGGAUAUUCCUUAA